AUGUCCCUAUCAGAUUUCACAUUAAUCGGAAAGGAUGAUGUCUAUGACCAUGUAUACCUUUUAUACUCAGACUCGAAGCUGAACAACGAUCUAGGCUAUUACCCUAGUAAGGCGGAUAAGUUUGUGAUACCCAUCGGCGACUUGGAUAUAGAGGUUGAACAGUCCAAGUCCGGAGUUUAUUCCAGGCAUGGCACAGGUACGACUGGGUUUUACCUCUGGAACGUUUCCCCUCUAUUUGCAGAAUGGAUGUUGUACCAUAAACAUCCCCUAAGCGAUAUGUUCAAUGGUUGCGGAGUUGUGGUUGAGUUGGGGUCAGGGGUUGUUGGAGUUUUGGCAUCAACUCUGAGCACCAGAUGUGAACUGUUCGUAGCUACAGAUCAAAAACAUGUCUUGAAAUUACUGGCCAAAAAUAUAGAAAACAAUAGACAACCGAAAGCUAAUACCAAGAUUGUCGAGUUUGAUUGGGAGAAUAUCGAAUUUGGAGUUUCCAAUUUGGAGUCAACUUUAGAGAGAAGACAAGUUGAUUUCGUCCUGGCAUUUGAUACCAUCUACAAUAGCUUUCUUCUAGACCAUUUCAUUGCUGCUACAAAGACUAUUUGUAACAGUGAAACAAUCGUUGUGGUAGGCAUCCAGUUAAGAGACGAGGAUGUAUUAUCAGAAUUCUUGGAAAAAAUGUUGGAUAAGUCGUUUCAAUGCUAUCAUGUGGACCAAGAAUGGCUAUCUUCUGAUUUGAAAAAUGGAUACAGUAUAUAUUGCUUCAAACUGUGUUCUUAG